AUGAAUGUAUCAGUCAUCGACAACCCAUAUCUAAUCCCCUUUGAUGAUACCUAUAUAUUGUACGAUGCCAGAGAUCCAAUUUCAUUUAUAAGUGCAUAUUUCUCAUUAUUACCAGUAGGUGUAUUGGUAUUUUACUUAUCAUGGUUUAUUACCACUAGAGAAAUGGAAGCUUGUAUCAUUGCAGGAGGACAAGUAGCUAACGAAAUAUUUAACAAUAUCAUAAAAAAUAUAAUUAAACAGCCUAGACCGUAUUCAUUUGGAGAAACAUUUCAAAAUGGUACCAUGAGAUCAGGGUAUGGUAUGCCAAGUGCACACUCGCAAUUUAUGGGGUUCUUCUUCGUAUAUACUAGUUUAAGGUUUGCUUUAAGAUGGAAGGGAUUAAAUCAAGUUAAAAGAAUGGCAGGUAUAAUUACUAUGGGGACAUUGGCAUUUAUGGUAUGUUUUUCUCGAGUGUAUUUAAAAUAUCAUACGUUAGAACAAGUAUUAGUCGGAUUUUCAAUUGGACUGGUAUCAGGAUCAUCAUAUUUUUUCAUUGUUGGAAUAUUAAGAGAGAUUGGGAUAUUGGAAUGGGUAUUACAGUUGGGGAUUUGUAAAAUGUUAUAUAUGAAAGACUCAUGUAAUCUCGCACCUAUCACUUUAAAGGAAGAAUACGAAAUGUAUUUAGCUAGAGUUGAACCGAUUGCUAAUAAAAGCAAGAGCGAUGUCAAGGAUAAGACCAAAAUGAAUAAAAACCAAUAG